AUGGAGAUUAAAAAGGAAUUACAAAAAACACCACCAACUUUGAAACCAUAUUUUGAGUUAAAGCAUAGUGAAAGAGCAAACAGAAAUAUUGAAAUUAAGAGAAAAUUUUCUGAAGUGGCAUCGUCUUUAUAUAGUGACAUUACAUCAAUCAAAGUUGAGCUUGAGUUUCAUAAUGGAAAAAAGAAAUACUUUUACCCAAGGACACCGACAUCUGAUCAUGAUGAGAGCUCGGAGUUGAAAUAUUCUAAUAGAAUUAAUGACAGAGAUACAGUGCAACAAGUUCUCAUGGUCAAGGACAGAUUUCGCAUUUUCGAUGAUGCCUUACAUGAACUACAUAUGGUUGGGAGUGUAUUACCUAGUAAACAUAUGCUAGUUGAAGAAAGAAAACGUCUAAACACUGUUGUACCAAUUCACAUCCAUCCAGGUGCAGCUAAUGACUGCAGUUAUAGAUGUAUAACUGACAUCUUGGAGUAUAUAAUUCAAAAAUAUUACCAAGAAGAAUUGAUUGCACCUGGACCUCUAGAUCUAAAACUCAGAUUUGCUUGUGAUGGUGCAAAAAUAUCGAAAAAGCUUAAUUCCGUAAGAGGAGUGAUGAAACUAUUACAUGCAAGCAUGUCUCCUGAUGAUGAACAUACAUUAUUCUUCUUCACGGGGGAAGAAAACCAUUAUUCCUUGAAGAAGUAUGGACAUCACACAUUUUUAGAGAUGGCAAGACUACAGGAAGAAGGAUUUGAAAUAGAUGGAAAGAAGAUUAAUGUUGAAUGGAUCUUAACAUGUGACUGGAAAGCCCUCUGUCUUUUAAGAGGAAUAAAUGCUGCAAACAGUGACUACUUUUGCCUAUGGUGUCAUUGCAGGAAAAGAGAGAUAUGCAAUUUCAGCAUCAAAGAAUGGCCAAUUCAACGCACACAAACAGAACAGAAUGAAUCUGUAGCUAACUGUAGUACUGGGUAUAUAAGACAAGACAUGUGUUCUUUUAUCGAUUACACCAGCAUGGCGCCUGAUGAUCUUCACUUGCGUAUCAGAUUGUCAUUGAAGUUGCUUAAUCAGGUUGUAACAUGGGCAAUUGACCAGAAAAAUGAAGACAAAUUGGAGGCAGAAAUGAAAAGGAUUGGGGCUUCUUUUCAUUUUUGGGAGGAGCGUGGAGACGACAAAUCAAGUACCAGUAUAAAGAAAUGGUCGCAGCCAUCAGGUGAUGAGCUGAGAAAAAUCAUAAAGUAUUCGCAGCUUCACAAUGUCUUAGACAAUACAAAGGACAAACACUUGAUCAGUGUUGAAAGUUUGUCAGUAAACCAGUUGAGGAACGAGCUUGUCCAAAGAGGUCUUAACAACAAAGGGAAAAAAGUGUUACUUGUUGCAAGAUUGAAAGAAGCUGUUGGAAAUUGUAAGUUUAGAAAGAAGGCCAAUGCUAGCCGCCUGCAGGUUUCAUUCGAUUAUGAAGAUGACGAUGAUGAUGAUGAUGAGAUUAGUCUUGAUGUUGAUGCCCUCCAGACACUCUGGGGUAACUUUCACUGCCUGAUGGAAUCUCUGCGAGCUUUCCCAGGUUCUGAAGAAUACAAAAAUCCAGAAUUAUUCAUGCAAGAAGCGAGAGAGUGGGCACAAAACUUUCGGAGAUAUACAUUUGAUGAAGAUGUUACACCAUACCUUCAUGCUAUGGUGUAUCACGUGCCAUAUUUCUUGGAAAAGUACAGAUACCUGCACGAUAUUGGUGUUGCUCAGGUAGAAAGGAAAAAUUAUGACCAAAGAAUGGCAUAUUUUGAUAGCACCAAUAGAUAUGGUGGGAAACACAAAAAGAAAAUUUCAGAACAGAUACUACAGAGAGAAAAUAGACUGUUGUGGGCAAGCCUAGAAGGAGUAAAAAGAAAAGUCAGAAAAUACACUUAUCAAGAAAAUCAAUAG